UAUCAGCAACUGUUUUGUCAUUUGAGGAAGUAAACAACAGAAGAACAACAAGAAUAAUACAUUCAUAGCAAUUCUCAUAGUUCUUGGCUCUCUAUUAAAUUUAUAUAGGCUAACUUGCUUUAUCAUACAGGCAUUUAGUAUUUACAGGGAAUACAAGGGAAACAAACGGGAAGAUAAGAAAUGGGAUCAUCACAGUCAACAGAAACAGAAUUCGAAUAUGGAAAACCAUGGAGGGACACUCCCUGGAGAAAGAAAGAUUAUUUGGAGAAAACACUGAAAGAGUUUGAGCUGAGCGAUCCAAAUAUUAAGUAUGCAAGGAUCCUGGUAGUUGGACAAAUUGGAUCAGGAAAGUCCAGCUUCAUCAACUCAGUCAAUAGUGUUUUCCAAAGAAGAAUCACAAAUGAAGCCCUUGUUAACAAAACAACUGACAGGAGCACAACUUUCACAAAAUUAUAUAAAACAUAUCACAUAAGAAACGGACAAUCUGUUAUGCCAUUUGUUUUAAGUGACACCAUGGGCUUAGAGUCGGAGGAUUUACAUGGCAUACAUACAGAGGACAUUGUCAAAGCCAUGGGUGGCUACAUAAAGGAAAGAUACAAAUUUAAUCCAGAAUCUUCCAUUACUCCUGAAGAUGAGGGAUACAGAAGUAAUCCAAGCCUUCAGGAUCAUACAUACUGCCUAGUCUUUGUCAUGGCAGCUGACAAAAUAUCAUUGGCAGAUGAUGACAAUAUCUAUGAGAAGGUGAAAUACAUUAAAAGUAAGGCAGAUGAACUAGAAAUUCCUCAGGUAAUGAUCCUGACAAAGCCAGAUGAUGCAUGUCCACUUGUAAAUAAAGACUUAAGGAAAAUCUACACUAGCAAGAAGAUAAAAGAGAAGUUGAAGGAGUACUCUGAACAUACGGGUAUCUCAGUGAGUCACAUCUUCCCUGUGAAGUGCUACCAUGAGGAAAUUGAUACACAAAAUGACAUGGAUGUACUGAUUCUGAGGGCAUUUAAACAUAUUGAGCAAAUGGCAAAUGAUGCAUUGAGACUGAAGUGCAAUGAAAAUAAAAAUUCAGAAUGAAGUUUAUUAUAGAGAUUUUAGAGAGGCUUCAGCUCUUUCUUGCAUAUUCGCUUAAAUCAGGACACAUUAAUUGACACAUUAAAAAGUCACAAUGAAACAGAUAUAGUGGCAGAUGUUUCUUAUGUAUAAAGCAUUGUAAUGGAUUAUUGAAAAAAAAAAUAGUAUAGUAUAGUAGUGCAGGGACUU